AUGACUUCAGCAGACGGAGCUCAAAUUAUGGCUGGCCCAGAAAAAAAUAAAGAAGCUGCAGAAAGUGAUCAUAUGUCUCCUACGGACCUCGCCAGACUCACUCGCCAAAUAUUAGAUGAUACGUUCUAUAACAUAAUUCAUGAUAUUGUGGCAAAGGUGCACAAAGAAGAAAAAGUUGCCCGCCAGCAGUCGGCAGUUGUCACUGCAAGACAGCUAGCUGAAGAAUCAACCAAGGUCAAAGAUUCUGGCGAAGAGGCAAAUGGCACCGCUGAUGCUGGCUCAUCAGCUUCCCAUGAUCACGUAGUGAAAAGCAGAGGAGUCCGAUUGGAAACCGAGAGUGCAAUAUUUGACAGUGGAAAAGUUUACCUAAAGGGCAACCCCUUGGAAAAGGUCAAGGAGAUAAUAUGCCCGAACUGCCGUCUUCCCCGACUGUUAUAUCCAGCGUACGGCGAAGGGUCACGCCCUGUGGAUGCAAGUCGAGAGUACUGUCGCAAACAACCCCCCGUCAACCUUCACGGUAGAGACGUCCACGGCCACCACUUCGCCGUAGAGAAAAUUACGAAGAAGAAGAAAACACAGCCUGCAGCAAGCACGCCAGGCUCAAGUCCACCAUCUAUCCCCGAUACUCCCGGUCCCAACCCUCUUCUCCAGCCGAAACCGGACAAAAUCUAUGUCCCUACAACCAAAUGCCCCAACUGUCCACGGUACUUCCUUCUCACUAAGAGUGCCCAGCACCUUGACAGAUGCUUGGGUAUCUCAACCCGACAGAGCCGAAUACGUACUCCACUCGCUAAUAGCGAAAGUGGCACACCGGGACCUUCACAGCCUGCCAAUGCACGAAAACGUGUACGUGAAGGUGAGGAAGAAGGUGCUCCCGGUCCAGUCAAGAAGAAGAAAGAUUUCGGCCUUGCAACGAAGUUGAAGAGUCAAAAGCCUGCCGCACCCAGCAAACUGAAGAACGGGACUACUGCAGACAUGAUCUCAGUAGAAUCUUCAAAACCUUCCACAAGCGGGAAAGCCGGGAAACAAAAAGCAUGA